AUGGAUGAAUUUGAUGAAAACACUGAAGUUAUGCAAGAUGGCAUCAUUUCUAUUGAAAGUUCAUCGUGGAAUACUACCACACAGAUUGAUAGAAUUGUGCUAAACGGACUCUUAGGGGAAGGAUAUAUCAAUGAAACAAUGCAACCAUGGAACAGUGGUCGACCACUUCUGAUUCGAGUUUUUUGGGCAGUUAGGGCUGACAAUGUUACUCAACUUAUCGAUUUUGAAAUCUUACAUGAAACUUAA